AUGGCGCUGGAGCUCAUUCUGCAACUGCGCGAGCCACCGCGCAGCCGCCUUCGUCUUCCCGAAGCAUUUGCGAGGGUGCUGGAGGUCGACCAGCCACCGAGGUUGAGGCUUCACAUGAAGGGGUGUUGCAAUGGCAACAUGUUGGCGAACACAAGGUUCCCCGCCCCUCAUGUAAUGCUCCUCCGCCGGGGUUGGAAAACCUUCGCGCGUGCCUACUGCUUGAUGAAGGGGCACGUCCUCUGCUUCAAGUUAGCAGAGAGCGACCUGCUCUCCGUCAAGGUCUUCGGGCGCUCGGGGUACAGGCUAGGGUGCUGUGCGGAGAGCUCGAGUGAUGACGAAAGCUCCUCCUCGAGCAAAAGUGACCAGGAGGACAGCGACAGUGGCGACGAGGGCAAUGGGCGGGAGGAUGACGGGUCCGACUAG